AAAGGAAAAGGGGCAGGGGUAGGUGUAAGAUUGACCAAACGACUAUCGCACACCACCAUUUUCUCAAAGUCUUCUGUUUUCAUCAAUACCUACCUACCAGUCUACCCACUCAUAUAUAAACCCCUUUUCCCUUCUUUUAUUUCUCAGCUUGCACGUUCAAAGAGAACUACAAGCUGCAAUCUGUACGCUUUCAAUUCAUUUUCUUUUAUAGAUUUACACGAGAUUCAAUCAAAAUGCAUACAAUUGCUCCAUCAUCCGGUGUAACUCUCAAAUCCUUAGUCCAGCAAACAUCGCCACCGCCGGGUCAGAUCAACCGGUUCGUCCCAGCUCGACUCGUCGUCCAAUGCGGGUACCGGUUUGACUCAGCCAACACAAACGCUAGUACUGUCAAUACCAACGGUAUUCCGGCGAGCAACAAUUUCGCCGGCCAUGUCGGAGCGUCAAGAGCUGACUGGCAGAGCUCUUGUGCUAUUCUGGCGAGCAAGGUUGUUUCACAGCAGCAGGAUACCGAGAAAACAGGUGGAGCUGGUGAGAUAACUGUAGUGAACGGACACAAAUCUCUGGAUCUCUUUCCGAUUGAUAACAAUCUCCCCAAGCCGCUCACAAUUACUGAUCUCUCUCCUGCGCCCAUGCACGGCUCGCAGCUUCGCGUAGCCUAUCAAGGAGUACCCGGCGCGUAUAGUGAAGCUGCUGCUGGAAAGGCUUAUCCUAAAUGCGAAGCCAUACCUUGCGAUCAAUUUGAAGUUGCAUUUCAAGCAGUGGAACUUUGGAUUGCAGAUCGUGCAGUACUCCCUGUAGAAAAUUCUCUUGGAGGUUCAAUUCACCGCAAUUAUGAUCUCCUCCUCCGUCACCGUCUCCACAUAGUCGGUGAAGUCCAACUUCCCGUUCAUCAUUGCCUCUUAGCUCUUCCAGGUGUUCGUAAAGAGUACCUGACCAGAGUCAUCAGCCAUCCACAAGCCUUAGCCCAGUGCGAGCUCACUCUCACAAAACUCGGCCUGAACGUAGUGCGUGAAGCUGUCGACGACACUGCCGGAGCUGCGGAGUACAUCGCCGCCAACAACCUCCGUGACACAGCCGCAAUCGCGUCGGCACGGGCCGCAGAACUAUACGGUCUACAGAUCCUGUCCGAAGGAAUCCAGGAUGAUUCAAGCAACGUGACUCGAUUCGUGAUGCUCGCCAGAGAACCAAUAAUUCCCCGAACCGAUCGUCCAUUCAAAACGAGCAUCGUUUUCGCACACGACAAAGGAACGAGCGUGCUGUUCAAGGUGCUAUCAGCUUUUGCUUUUAGGAAUAUCAGCUUGACGAAGAUCGAGUCUCGGCCACAUCGUAACCGGCCGAUUCGAUUGGUGGAUGAUGCAAAUGUGGGAACAGCAAAGCAUUUUGAAUACAUGUUCUAUGUAGAUUUUGAAGCGUCAAUGGCGGACGUGAGGGCACAGAAUGCGUUGGCUGAAGUUCAGGAGUUCACAUCUUUCUUGAGGGUAUUGGGUAGCUAUCCUAUGGACAUGACCCCAUGGUGUCCAUCUAGGGAAGAGUAAACAAUUCUUUUUCAUGAGACGUCAACAAAUAAUUAUUUUCUUUAAUUUGUAAUUAUAUUUUCCGAAUUAGGUAAAAUACAAGCAAUUUAACUUCAAUUCCAUUUAAA